AGACAGAACACUGCUGUCCAUCCUGGGCUCCCUCAGGUAUGCAGCUGCACCACCACUGAACAUACAGGAUGUUUCACUGGGUGGUGAAGGUGGUUCCUCAGCCCCCUGACGCCCCUGGUUCUCUGGGAGAGGAGACGGCCAAUCCCGCACCAAGAAACGUGUCUAAAGAUGAAGUGAAAAAAGUCAAGGCACAACCAGCCAAACAGAAGGAAGAUGAUAUUUCUGAGGACAACAGUAUUCAGAGUGGAGUGAUGACCUGGCUCUCCAAUGGAUUCACAAGUGCUCUUCCUCAACCAGCAGGCACACCUAACCUCAGCAGAUCCAACUCUGUAUCCAGGUCACUGCAGGAGGAUGAAAGGAAUGGGGUGAUUAAGUGGAUUGCAGAUGGACUGAGUAAAGUGGUACCCCAGCCAGAUGAAAAGUACAGAGAGGAUAUUCGAGAGGAGGAGGAUGAAACAGAGGAGUAUAUCGCAGAGCCAUGUAUUUAUAACAUGAAAGAUGUGCCGGAUGCAGAGCCCCUCCCACAUAUACCUGUGGUGGAGAUGUUUUCAGAAUAUGAGGAAGAGGAUCAGAUACCACAGUUCCCCCCCAAUGUGGUUAACUGGAUUAAGAAUGCUAUUCCUCAGCCUGUGAUGCUCCCUGCAGGCUACAUAGAGGCCCUAAGUAAGGCCCAACAGGCUCAGGUUCUCUCACCAUCUCCGGAGUCCCUCAAAGGAGAUGAGGACUCACAGAACUCAAAUGUCGUGGGCUGGUUCGUGACGGGCCUCGGCCUCAAGAUGCCACAGCCUGUCGCGAGAUCCAGAGAUGAUGUUGAAGUUGUGCCGAAUGGGGGGGUGGGAGUGCUGAGAUCCCCUUAAACAAAAGGAGAAAGAAGACUGAGGAACCGUGAGAGAGACUGAGACUGAGAGCAAAGAGAUAGAGGCAGAAAAACAGACUUACCGACAUAGAUGAUUGUCGACAUUUAUACAGCUCCACUGAGCAACCUGGCAGCUGUGAGACAUCGCUUAAAAAAUAUGUUUAAUUUACCUUACUCUUUAUGGAAUGCAGAUAUUUUUGUUUGAUUUUAAUUGUGUAUAGUCAAUGUAUUAAAAUGAACUGUUUGUCAGUUAAUGUCAGUUGUUCAACUCUUGUCGAUAUGUAGCAAGAAAUGGGUCUCGUCUUCAUUGUAGUAAUCUUUGAAGUAAUUUGGAUGCAUUAAGAGAUCAAGUAUAUUAGAAAAUACAUACAGACACAUAGAGCUAUGAGGCAACCUUGUGACUCAUAGUUUUUGUACAUGAAAUAUACCAUAUUAAACUACUUUUUUGAAGGUAAAGAUUAUUGCUGCCCUAAAAAGCUAACACAAAAACCACUUAAUCAUAUUGUACAUGUUUUCCCUCGUGACCUAUUCUUAUCGCCUUGAACUAUGAAUGUGGCCUAAAGUUGUAAUUAUGUUUAUUUUGAUCUGAUAGAUUUUUUUGGUAUGAAAUCCACAAAAGAGGAUUUGACAAACCAAGUCAAGGGAGUCAAGUUAUUACAAAUAAGUUGAUAAAUUAUGACAUCAUGCCUAAAAAGUAUCCCUGACAGUAUAAUAACGUGUUGUGAAAUAUUAUAAAAAUAAUAUAAAGAUGGCCUCCCGGGUGGCCAUGGGCACCCGGGAGGCCGUGGCCCGGGCACUGCAUCGCAAUGCUAGCUGUGCCACCAGAGACUCUGGGUUCGCGCCCAGGCUCUGUCGCAGCCAGCCGCGACCGGGAGGUCCAUGGGGCGAUGCACAAUUGGCCUAGCGUCGUCUGGGUUAGGGAGGGUUUGUCCGGUAGGGAUAUCCUUGUCUCAUCGCGCACCAGCGACUCCUGUGGCAGGCCUGGCGGAGGACGCAUGGCUUUCGACCUUCGUCUCUCCUGAGCCCGUACGGGAGUUGUAGCAAUGAGACAAGAUAGUAACUACUAACAAUUGGAUACCACAAAAAAUUGGGGAGAAAAGGGGGUAAAAAAAAGUUAUAAAUAAAUAAUAAUAAUAAAGAUAUCAUCUGAAAUAUUUUGUUGUGUUAUGAGAUGAUGAUAUUAAAUUCUUACAAAACA